CACUCACACUCACCAUGCUCGGCCUCGCGCGCCUUCCAUCUCGCGCGCCAAUGCUGAGGCGGCACCUCGCGCGGAGCUUCUGCGCAUCCGCCUUCCCCCGCAGCCGCCGCCCCAUCUCCGUCCCCGUGGACACCCCCGUGCCCGACUGCUCGCCCUCCUCCGCGUCGCCGCUUGACCUUCCCCCGCCAGCCGGGUCCGACCCCCUUCCCCCGCCCCCGCACGAGCGCUCCAUCGCCGCGCGCCGCAGUCUCCUCCUCUUCGCGCUCCCCAUCCCGCCGUCCGCGUGGCCUAGCCACCUCGACUUCGCGAGCCCCCUCCUCGCGGAAGCCGGGAAUGUGCUCAAGCGCGCCGGCGUGUCCGUGAACGCGGUCUAUGACGGCGUGGGGAGCGGCUGCUUCCCCCCGCCCUCGAGGAAGCGGGAUCCAUAUACGCCGUCUACGAACUCGGACGCCGACGACUCCGCCUCCAACUCGUCCACCGCCGCGCCAGCCGCCGAGACCUACCCCGCUCGCCUCCUCUAUCCCGACGGACGCACGUUCCACUUCCCUGAGUUCAACGAGGCCACGCUCGACUCGCCCCAGCUGCGCCGCGCGCUCAUGUAUCGGCCGUCGGGCAGCGUAAUGGGUGCUGGUGCGGACGAGGUUCCCGGCGAGAGCGAGAUGCCGAAGGAGGUGCUGGUGUGCACGCAUGGCGCGCGAGACUGCCGCUGUGCGGAUUACGGCACGCCGCUCGUCGCGGCGCUCCGCGAGCUGGGCGUGGCGGUGCGCGAGAUCGCCCAUGUGGGCGGGCAUAAAUGGGCAGCCAACGCCCUCCUACUCCCGAGCAUGGACAUGCUCUCGAACCUGCGCGCGUCCGAUGCGCCCGCGCUCGCGGCCUUUGUGCGAUCCCGCGCCCCCACGGACGCGAUGUGGGCACACUGGCGUGGGCGGAUGGGGCUUACGGAGGAGCAGCAGGCGCGGGUCUGGGCGCGGAUCCAGCGCAAUUUCGCGCCUGCUACUCCUGGGGCUGCGGCUGCAGGCGAGCGCGUACCGCUAACGUUCCGGACGUAUGAGGGCGAGAUGCGGACUGUCGAGGGGCGUAUGGGGGAUUCGCUGUUGCACGUCGCGCACGAGAAUGAGUUGCCGGCUAUGGAGGGGACGUGUGGGGGAAAUGCUGAAUGCGCUACGUGUCAUGUCUACCUCGCCCCGCGACCGUCGCCGCCACCAGUGCCCGAACCGAGCGAGGACGAGCUCGAUAUGUUGGACUUUGCGCUGGACUACCGUGACGGACUGAGCCGGCUUGGGUGCCAGAUCAAGGUCACGCCCGAGCUGGCGCGGUGGUGUGCCGAGGGGGGCGUGAUUGAUCUGCCCAGGUUCUAGCGGAUCGCGGAGAGGGUAGACAGCGCGCAUGGGAGACCGCGACACAGCGGCAGGAUCACGCAGGAGCGCAUGGCUUGUCCUCUCCAAGAGAGAGGCGGCCGGACAGGGAGAAGCGCCCCCCAGCCUGCAUAAUAUACAAUGCAUGUAUGCCC